GUUUGAAAAGCGCGCGUUUAUGCAGACUUAUAUGUUCAUAGUAUAAACAUUGUUCCAGCACCAUCGUAGCAAACCAGAGUGUUGUUCGCAGUGUAAAUUCAAUAACUCAAUACUUGUUUUACAGUAUGGUGAUGAUCAUACAUUAAUGUCGUAAAAAGGCGCCUUGUGCGUAUUGCAGACGUUUUCAACUGUCAUUCCGAAAAGCAAGCGAAGCCAUGAGUCAUACUAGAGAUGCAGCUGACCAAAACUUCGAUUACAUGUUCAAACUGCUUAUUAUCGGCAAUUCGUCUGUUGGAAAAACGUCGUUCCUUUUUCGGUACGCUGACGAUAGCUUCACAUCGGCUUUCGUUUCGACUGUCGGGAUUGACUUCAAAGUAAAGACAGUAUUCAGACAAGACAAAAGGGUGAAACUGCAAAUAUGGGACACAGCUGGUCAGGAACGUUACCGUACCAUAACAACAGCUUAUUACCGUGGUGCAAUGGGUUUCAUAUUAAUGUAUGAUAUUACCAACGAAGAAUCUUUCAAUGCUGUUCAGGAUUGGGUAACUCAAAUUAAAACGUAUUCAUGGGAUAAUGCGCAAGUGGUUCUUGUUGGUAAUAAAUGUGAUCUCGUAGAUGACAGAGUUGUAUCUGUCGAUCGAGGCAGACAUUUAGCUCAUCAAUUGGGCUUGGAAUUUUUCGAAGCCUCAGCCAAAGAAAAUAUUAACGUAAAGAAUGUAUUUGAUCGUCUUGUUGAUAUUAUAUGCGAUAAAAUGUCUGAUAAUAUAGAUAAUAACCCAGGUGUGGUUGGUGGGACAUCGAAAGGUAAUCGAUUGACCGAUAAACCUCAACAGCAACAACAAAAUCAACAGGGUCAAUGUCAAUGCUAAACGCUUACAUAAACACAGAAGAAAAAGGAUAAAAGCUAGUCGCGCGUCAUAACUAAUACAUAUUAAUUUGCACGUAUUUUUGCUUUCAUUAAAUGUGAAAAUUAACUUGAUUUUGUUGAAACCGGGUCAAACAUUAAGAUAAGUAUUUGAUGUUAUUCAAUGAAGUCGUUUUUCUCUUACCUUUAUCAUUUAACAGUCAAUACUGGUAUUUAUCUUUAUGAAGCGACGAUGUUUUGUUACAACCACAGGAAUUUAUCUAGUAUUAACAACAUAAAGCGGAAAUCAAUCCUUAUUUAUAACUUCUUGAUUUUCGGAAAUGUCAUUCACAAAAUAUAUACUUCACCCAUUACGUGCAUAUAUAAAUGCAUAUACACGAGCACUUUUUCAACUAAAUAAAAAUACGAUGAAAUGCAUUUAAUUCAUACCUAUAUGAAUACAUGACUACUGAUUCAUUCCGUCGUUUUUUUUUCUUAAAUAUUAAUGUUUCCUUCUAUGCCUUACAUUCUGUCGAAUUGAUUGUUCCACUUAUGUUCUUUUUGAUGUUUGUCAACCUCUUUCUUCAUCCUAUUCUUAUCAAAACUAUUCAUCUAUGCAUAUGAUAUAUGUAUCAUAUCUUCUCAUGCCCACAUAUUCAUCACGAUUACUUGAUUAUUGUUUCUGCUCUCUGUAUUGAUUCUUUUUAUCAUUCUUUUACAAUGACAAUGGAUGUGGCGAAAAUUGUUUUUUUCUUGUUUUGUAGAUUUGUUUCUGCGAUCAGGUUCUUUUUAAUUAUUGUUUGUAUGUAACUAACAAUGUAAAAUCUCCUGAUUUCAGUAUCUCGUUUGUCUAACCAGUGAUUACUCUUCAAUAAAGUAGCGAGUGGUUGAUACAAUAAAGAUAAUGAUACGUCAUACAUACUUUGUGAUCUAGAAAAAGAGAAAUUAUUAGUGUGGCUGACGAAAAUGAAAAGACAUCUAUUACACACUGAUAAAUAACUCAACUGUUCUCAAUUUCACAGAAUUACAAGAAUAAUGGUUGCAACUACUCCGUUCUUACUUCAUUAUUUAUGUGUCUGUUGUUUGUUUAUUAGAAAAUUUAGUUAAACUCCCAUUUAUUGCUGUUGUGUGCGUUUAUGUAUGUGGCAGAUAAAAAGCUCAUUCAACUUCUACUUAUUCGAAAGAUCAUGCAUAUACGCAUUUUUGUCUAACUUCCUUUAAUCUAUUAUAUUAUUAGACUAAAUAGCCGUGUGAUCACUAUAGAUAUUCGCAUUCUGGUGCAACAACUCUUUUUUCAUCUUUGCUCUUACGAGCACAGUACACAUUUUUCCUGUAAUGUGAUGUUCAUAAGUUUCUUAUCUAUUGAGUUCCGUUUUAUUCGUCCAUAUAAAUCUUUAUUUCAUACUAUUAUAUUAUUUGCUGUUUUUAUAAUUUAUCUGAUCCGUGACCAUUCCUAUUAUCUUGGAACACUUUUCAUUUGCUUAACUUGGGUUUCUUCUGUCGAGGUUGUUACCCUCUUUCUUCCUUGACAUUCCUAUAUACUUUUGUGAUUGAGCUGAUAGUGCUCGACCAAGAAAUGAAAAUUUAUCAAAACCUAAUGUUCUGUUUUCAAUAUGUCUGUGUUAUUUCAGUUUUGAUUUUUCUGUCAUCUGUUUACUUGUUCAGAUUUCUGUGAACGCUUCACUCUUUUCUCCUUAUAUGCACACAAGCAGUUAGUACAACUGCAUAUAUAUAUAUAUAUAUAUAUAUAUAUAUAUAUAUAUAUAUAUAUAUAUAUAAAGGAAUGCAUAAUUAAUCUUCUUAGAUAAUAUUUAUUUUAAAAGUUUACUCUCGACAAAAUGUGGAAAAGCGUAUCUUAGUUAACUAUUUAUUUGCUUAAUGUUCUGGCCUGCCUACUAGAUCUAGCACACAAUAUAUAUAUAUAUAUAUAUAUAUAUAUAUAUAUAUAUAUAUAUAUAUAUAUAAUUCCUCUUGGUAAUUGCUCCUUACAACUCGGUUCAUUGUAAAAUAUUUUUGAGCAUACGGAUUGUAUAUUUGUAGUUUAAAAUGGGUUAUUAUUAUUUAUCAAUGAUCCGUUGUGCCUCUGCAACUAUGAACUACUUGUCUACUGAUGACAUUGUUGCUAGUUUCUCCACUGGGCUGUUUUUUAUAUAAAAAAUUAGAUUACAGAAUAAAAAUGCCUCGACAAAAGAAAUUUCCUCUCCGGUAAUACCAAUUAAUUAUUCUGUCCAAUCGUAUUUAUAUUAAAUAACACAUCUGUUAGCCUAUAAUAUAGUACGAUGAUUUUGCUUCAUUUUACAAGAUUAUCAAAAAUUAGUCUUAAAGGUAAUAGAAAGUAAUAAAUUGAGAAACAAAACUAACAGGUGGUUGUUCACGGGGUUCAUAUGCAAGUGAAAAAUAAGAGGAUAAUUGGCGUCCGUAAUUAGUAGCAUUGCCAUGGUAAAAUGAGGGAUUGUACGCUCCUAUUUUACUCAGAUACAAAGGUUGAAUUAGUAACUUCUUAUAAAUUCAGUCGUGCUCAAAUCCCCAGACAUACGUAAACACGUACGUACAUUAUUACUGUUUACUCACUCUUUACUGCUCUUUAGACAGUGCUGAGACCAGGAAGCGUUAAUCUUCUCUGUCCUAGGUUCUCCUCUCCAGUUUUUCCCAUGUGCUACGCAUUCCUUUCAUGUCCGUCUCCCGUUUCCGGUGCAUUGUGUUCUUCCUUCUGUUCGUUUUCUUCCAGUCUUGAGGACUCCAAGUCAGGACUUGUCUUGUGAUCCAGUUUGAUCACUUGUGCAAUCGGUAUCCUACCCACCGCUAGUGUCUUUUCGUAAUUUCCUCUUCAGCUGGAAGCCGGUUUGUUCUAUGCCAAAACAGGUUAUCUCUGAUGGUGUCUGGGCAACGGAUCUGAAGUAUCUUGCGUGGACAGUUCUUUAUAAGUCCAUGCACAUUUUUGGUGGUGCUUGUAGGAGUUCCGCAAGUUUCAGCUCCGUACAAUAAAACUGUCUUGACGUUUGUGUUGAAAAUGCUGACUGUGAUGUCGGUUGACAGUUAUUUUGGGUUUCAUGUGUUCUUCAAUUGUAGAUAUGCUGCCCUCCUCCUGGAGUGCUUCUAUGAUUACGACUGGUCAUCGUUCCUGAUAAAAAAGGAGUCUUACGUAUGGGAUUGGCAACCCUAUUAGGUGGAACGACAACCUUGUUGAGAAACGCUAACCAGAGUUAUUCGUGUACCUAUGAUAGUUUUAAUAUUAUAAGAAUAGAACGUGGUCAACAGGGUUCAAAAAGAAGAAAAGAGUACACGAAAUUUGAAAUGUCAAGGAAGAUUGUUACUCAGAAUUCAGGGAACUAAAGAGAAUAAAUACGUUUGUACCACGUUUCACAGCUUUCAACCUUAUCAUCCGGUCUCGGAUCACUAAUUUCAUUUGUUGUUUUUAUUUAUAGUGAUUUUUGGUUCUUCCGACUUUCGUUUAACUUUUUUUUCAGAAUAUUCCUAUCCAGUUUUGCUCUUUCUAUCACACCACAUAACUUUUAGAUUCUAGUCUUGUCUGUCGUAUAGCGUUUAGGUUGAUCUUCUUUGGCUCGUUCAUAGGUUUUAGAUGCUUAUUCACACUUUCUUUGUGUUUUCUUUAGAGAAUAUUUACAGUCGCAACCAAAAGUUUAUUGUUACCUAGGACUUGUCUUCUUCCUGCUAUAAGUAUUAACAGUAAAUCCAUAUAAUACUUAAUAGUCAUAUUUUAUCAAAUAAUUUAUACUACUUAAUUUGCCAACACUCAUAGACCAUCUUAACAGAAUUAAUGAAAUAAAGAGUAAUGUAGUGCCUCGUGCACUUGAAUUUCUAAAAACAAAAACACCGAACAAAAGGAUAUAUUUUGAGGUAGUUUACUCAUUAUCAUUUCCGUUUAGAAAAAGACAAAAUGUUUUAGAAUAUAAAUUUGUUCAUUAGUUGAUGAUAGUCAUUACUAUAGUGUAUUGAUCAGGAAACAGAAAAUAUAAGUAGAACAAAUUAUUUCCACGUCUCAUUCACUUUAGGUUUUCGAUCGUCUUGCUGUCCUCCAUGUAUUUUAAGUAUUAUUUUUUGUUAAUUUUAUGGGGAUUUUGAGAGUAGCACAGACAUUCAACGUUAUUCAAACAGGCAGGUAAUUAGCC